CCCCAUUACAAAAUUCCGAAAGCCCACCGGCAGUGCUUGGUGGCGUGCAAUACUGCUGCCUAUAAUAAUACCCUCCCACCAUCACCGCUCUAGCCAUGCUCGGUCUUGUCCCCUCCUCUUACCUCUUCUACCGCCACCUCGCCGCCGCCCGUACGCUCUCCGCCGCCACUCCCCUCUCCGUCAAGAUGGCGCGGUCAGCGCUGGACGAGGUCACGGACUCCGGCGCCUUCGACCGGUCGCCGUCCACCUUCCGGAGCUUCGUGUCCAGGGACAGCUCCGCUCCCUUCCCCGCCGUGGCUGGGAGGUACCACCUCUACGUCUCCUACGCCUGCCCCUGGGCGUCCAGGUGCCUCGCAUAUCUCAAGCUCAAGGGCCUCGACAGCGCUAUCGGCUUCACGUCGGUGAAGCCCAUCUUCGGGAGGACCAAGGAAUCCGACGAUCAUUUGGGGUGGGUGUUUCCUGCUGCCAGAGACGAGGAGCCCGGCGCCGAGCCCGAUCCUUUCAACGGCGCCAAGACCGUCAGGGAGCUGUAUGAGAUUGCAAGCACCAAGUACACAGGGAAACCAACUGUUCCUCUUCUGUGGGAUAAGCAGCUCAAGACCGUCGUGAACAAUGAGAGCUCCGAGAUAAUCCGCAUGCUCAACAACGAGUUUAACGAGAUCGCGGAGAAUCCCGGGCUGGAUCUCAACCCGGCGCAUUUACAGGUAUCCAUAGAUGAGAUCAAUGAUUUGGUGUACGAUGCUAUAAACAACGGUGUGUACAAAUGCGGCUUUGCCAAGAAACAGAGUCCAUAUGAUGAGGCCGUCACAAACUUGUAUAACGCUCUGGACAAAUGCGAGGAAAUCCUUAGUAAGCAACGUUUUAUGUGUGGCAACCAACUGACGGAGGCAGACGUCCGCCUAUUUGUUACACUCAUAAGAUUUGAUGAGGUUUAUGCUGUUCACUUCAAGUGCAACAAGAAACUCAUCAGGGAAUACCCUAAUCUGUUCAAUUACACCAAGGACAUCUACCAGAUUCCUGGCAUGAGCAGCACGGUUAAUAUGGAGCACAUAAGGAAACACUACUACGGAAGCCAUCCAUCCAUAAACCCGUAUGGGAUUAUCCCAGCAGGCCCCAGCAUCGAUUAUAAUGCUCCACAUGAUAGAGAGAAGUUGUUUCUGUAAAACCCGUUUGUAUUGUGGAUGUAUUGCUGCAAGCCCGUGAAAAUAAUGAAUCGUUGCUUGUAUUUCUGCA